AUGUCAUUUACAGUAAAAUUUGUUGAUGACGAGGACGGCUGUAUCCAAGUAAAAGAAGACUUUAUCUGUUUCUGGUCUGUGGACAACUCUUCUGGAAAAGGCCUAACAGAGCUGUUUAUGAACAUUUUGAAUGACAAUAAAAUAAAGCUUCAGGAAUGCUGCAGCCAAGGCUAUGACAAUGGCGUGAACAUGAAGGGAAGAAACAGUGGCAUCCAGGCAAGGAUCCCUGCACUGAAUCCAAAAGCUUUCUUUGUGCCUUGUGGCUGCCAUUCCCUCAACCUGGUUGUUUCAGAUGCAGCAUUAGAUUCAGUAUCUGUCUUCAGAGUUCUGCAAAGGAUAUACAUCCUGGUCUCAGCAUCAAUUAACAGGUGGAAGAGACUCACAGACACUGUUACAAAUCUGACCAUGAAGCCUCUAAGUGAUACUUCCUGGGAGAGCUACAUUGACAGCGUAAGACCAGUGAGGUACCAAGUGACUGAGGUUUAUGAUGCCCUGAUGGAACGGGUGCAGUCGAGUAAAGCUGAAACCAGAAGCCGACAUGAGAUGCAAAGCCUGAUGGACUUCGUGACCGCUACUACUUCAAUGAGAAGCUGCCUUGAUUUUGUUGUGGCCUACAGAGACGAGAGAUUUGAAGAUGCUAUCCCUGCUGCCAAAGAAAUGGCGGAAAACUUAGGAGUUCAGCCUGUCUUCAAGAAAACUCGUAUUCAUCGGAAGAAGAGACAGUUUGGUUAUGAGGGCAGAAAUGAGGUGAUGGGAAGCUUGGAAGAAAAAUUCAAGAGGGGAUUUUUUUGCUCACUCAUUGACACUGUUCAAGUGUCCAUCGAAGAAAGUCCCUUUGUGAUGUCAGGACCCGCCUGGUCCUGGCCCUUUAUGAUGCGUCACUGGAACAAACAGCCCCUCAGGCGAGAUCCAGCCACAGCAGUAGCAGGGAGUGUAGUGUCUCCACGCCCAGUGCGCGUCCAGACCGUCCUCCCCAGCAUGUUUGACGCGGGAGUGGGGAUCAUGCAGAGCUGGUUCUGUGCCUGCUGGGACAGCUCCUGGGUGUUGUACACCUGCGUCCUUCUGGUCCUGGUCAUCUGGGUGGCCAUGGCGACGCAGCACAGCUUCUCCUGGAGAAGCAGGAUGGCUCUUCUGGUCAGCAGGCUCCGGUGGAGGGGGACGGAGGAUGAGGGAGAAGGUGCAAAGAAGCGGCGGGUGAAGCAGCCGCGUGACCGGCUGUGCUGGGACCCCCCACGCCGCGCUCGCCGAGCCACCAGGCGCCGCUCCCUCCGCCAGCUGCUGUGUGACAACUCAGACUGCGCCCUGUGCAAUGAGGCGGCCCGGCAAGCCGAGCGGCUGGUAUACGCAGACAGGGCCAGCGCGUGGGUCCCUGCUGGGCCAGGGUCACCUCCCACUCCCGCCUCCGGCUCCAAAGGGAGGAAUCUGCUCGGUAGAUCCAUGUGGAGAGGCCUGGAUGUGCUACAAUGGUGCGGCUCUAGGACAUCUAUGGGCGACCAGGUCCUCCCACCAGCGCAGAGCCCCUUCCCACCCAGCAAGUCCCGCUCCCCUCCCGAGCGCCAGGCAGGCAGCCGGAAAACGGAGUGCCGCCCGCCGAGGGAGGAUGAGAAGAGGCUGUCCCGCCCACAGCAGGCCAAAGGCUCCUCCACAGAGCAGGACGAAUGUCUCUUCUGCUCCUCUCUCUGGGAUGAGACUCUCCUUCGCGGGCAAGAGCAGGCCCAGAGCUCCUCUUCUCUACAGCACGAGCCGCCCCUACUCGCUUGGGAGCUGAGAAAUGGAUCAAGCCAGCACGAGCCAUUUCUUCCCAGGCAUAAGGAGCACCCCGGCCCCGCUCCUGCCCAGCACGAGCCCUUCCCUCCAAGCCAAGCGGAACAUGGCUGGGUCGGGAGUUUCCUGCGCAGAGGCAGAGCAAGGAGCCCCCAGGCCGCUCCCCAGAGGCAUGUGCAUCGCCCCGAUUGGGUGCCGUUUCUGGCCAAGUCCCCAGGCGGGACCAGGAUGUCAGGGCGGAAGGCCAAAUGGCACUGA